AUGACCGAGAAGUUUUGCGACAAAGGUACCGAAGACGAACCAAAAUGCCAAAGCAAUUGUGAGCAGCCAGGCUCUGGUGGCUCUGGCGGCGAUGUCCAGAAGGUUGUGAUCGGUUACUACGAAGCUUGGGCACAUGACAGGAAAUGUCAAGGCAUGGACUUCAAGAAUAUCCCAACAGGCGCACUUACUCAUCUCUACUUUUCCUUCGGUUACAUUUCGCCCGGCACUUUUGAUCUGGUUCCGAUGGACGACCUUAGCCCCGAUCUAUUCUCGCAGUUCACAGAUGUCAAAAAGUCGAACCCCGGCUUGAAGACAGUCAUUGCUCUUGGCGGUUGGACCUUCAACGAUAACGGCACCGCAACUCAGCCGGUCUUCAGCGACAUGGUCAGCACCGCUGCGAACCGCGCCUUGUUCAUCAAAAAGUUAUUCGCUUUUAUGAGACAGUACGCCUUUGACGGUGUAGACUUCGACUGGGAGUAUCCUGGAGCAACCGAUCGAGGGGGUAAGCCUGAAGACGGCAAGAACUUUGUUACGUUCUUGAAGGAACUUAACGAGGAGAACGACAAGCAGCUCAUGCAUUAUGUUGUCUCCUUCACUGUUCCUACUAGCUUCUGGUAUCUGAGGCAUUUUGAUCUGAAAGCUGUGGAUUACGUCGACUUCGUCAACGUCAUGAGCUAUGAUCUUCAUGGAAUCUGGGACUCAACUAACCCGAUCGGCAAUCAUAUAUAUGGGCAUUCGAACUUGACCGAGAUUAAGUUAGCCUUGGAUCUUUUCUGGCGCAACGACAUCAAACCAGAGAAGCUCAAUCUCGGGCUGGGGUUCUAUGGUCGCAGUUUCCAGUUAUCAGACCCCUCUUGCUACCGACCUGGCUGCAAUUUCAAGGGCGGAGCAUCUCCUGGUCCCUGUUCCGACAACUCAGGAACUUUGACAUACAAAGAGAUUCAACAAGUGAUCAAACAGCACAAGAUCAGUCCUUACUAUGACAAGGAGGCUCAAGUCAAGUACAUCACCUGGAACCAAGACCAAUGGGUGUCGUAUGAUGACAAAGACACAUUCAAGGCGAAGAUCGACUUUGCGAACAAGCUAGGCCUCGGCGGACUACUCAUCUGGGCCAUUGAUCAAGACACGGAUGAUUUGGACGCUCUCAACGCCGUCGUGUCUCCAAAAUCUGUCAAAGCCCUCGCGAUGACUGCCGAUGACGCUUCCUUUUGGGACGAUGCGACCGUACCUGAUUGCUAUGUCACUGACUGUGGUGGUACUUGUAAGGCUGGUUUCUUCAAAAUUGAACAGCAACCAUGCGGUGGUGCGAAGCCUGUCACGCGCAGGUCCAAAGGCGAGGACAGCCAGCUGUGCUGUCCAGUUUCCAGUGCACCAGAUCCCGACAAGUGCCACUGGCGCGGCGAAGCACCUCCAUGUAAUGGCCGUUGCCAUGACAAUGAGGUACUGCUGCAGAUGAACAAGUGGGGUGAUGGGAAGUAUUGUGAAGACGGAAACAAAGCAUAUUGCUGCGAGUCACCUGCGGCUAAGGGUCAUGACUGCUACUGGGCAGGCGUCGGCAAGGAUUGCAACGGCGACGACACGACAAUGACCUUUUCAGGCACAUUUCUGAGUACAAUCGCCGACAUUGCGGACGCGAUGACUUUGAUCGAUAAUGCUCUGGUUGAUUGGCUCGAAGCGAUUGACGUCGAUAUGCAGAAACGAUACUGCUGCCCGAAGAAAGACGCCAAAAACUGGAAGAACUGCAGGUGGUACGGAGAGCCAGGAUCUUGCUUCGACAACCAUUGCCCGGUCGGAAAGCAAGUGCAACUCACGGACAGCCCAUAUGGUUUUGGGCAAUCCUGCUUCCCUCGUCUGGAAAGAAACAGAGUCUACUGUUGCGACCCAUCCGAUGGUAAACAACUGUUCCUUCCGGUACCACUGGAUCGGCUAUUUAGCGAUCCACCGACUGGGGACGACGUCGAUACGGACUUUGAGCUCAAUGUGGACGACACCUUUGGUGGACAGGGCGACAAGACCGACGAUGACCCUUCCAAUGCUGCAUUUCAAUUUGUCGUGCUUGCAUCGCCUAAAGAACUGCAACAUUCUCUCGAUAAACGCGAUGGCUCUCAUUGGGAACUGUUCAACUGCCAAGGCGGGCCGAGUGAAGAAGAGCAAACCAUCCAGAUGUUCUGCAUUGACGGCUCAGAGAACAACAAUUGUCAAAACAUCGGACUUGGACACGGCGUACCCGGUACCAUCCUGGAAACGCCAGCUGGCUGUGGAGCCGGUCGCUAUGCCGUCGCGAAACACAUGGUCCCUGCUGUCAAUCAAACGAUUCCGCACCAUCUUCGGAAGCGAGCGUCACAUAUGCCAAUGGUCUAUGAUCUGACCUUCGACUACAACUUCAGGCGCGUUCCUCGCGAUUCUGGUGAUACACAGAUGAGGAUAGACUUUUCCAACAAGAACGACUACUGGGACAACGUUGUCGCAGCUGCGAGCACAAAGCGUAAAUCUAAACGCUCCUUGUCUGACUUUGACGGCAAUCAUAAGAGAUGGCUUGAAGAGGAGUGGCGAGACGACUAUCACGGUGGUGCUCUUAGUCAUGAAGAGCUUCACAAGCGAUGGUUCGGAUCCGACGUGCUUGCUUGGCUCACGAACUUGGUCAGCCCCAAGAUCGAGAAAGAGUUCACACAUGACGUGAAUGAGCAAUUCAUCGCCAAAAUCAUUGACGACAAAGUCGAGUGUGGCACAGGACCGGCCAAAUUCAAUGCCCAUGUCUUGGUUCAGGCUCUCACAGAUGUCGAAAUCUCCACCAGUUUUGGUUUCACCCUCAUCACGAAGCUCAAUUUCGAUAAUCCAGGCGGCUCUCUUGACCUGAGCCAGUCGUACCUUACGUUCAGCAACAGUGGUAAGGUCACUGCGGUAUUCACUCUCGAAGCCAUGAUCAAGGUUUCGUACGAGUCGGGAGAAAAGACAAUUCUUACCCUUCCCUUCCCAGGCGCAACAUUCCGAGUCCCUGGCAUUGUCACUAUCGGUCCCUCUGUCCGCGUGGUUGGCGAGUUCAACGCUGGCCUCACACUAUCUGCGGAGAUAGAAACCAAGAUCGAUCUUGCGGAAUGGGACGUCAGGCAAACUUAUCCAGCCGCCUCCGAGGAGUACGAGCCUCAGGCUGACAAGGAACUGGAUUCUGGAGAGACGGGCGACAAAAACGGCCUGUUGGAACCUCAAUUCUACGCUUCUGUUCUAGCUUCAGGUCAGGCUGAAGCCCACCUCAAGGCCAUCGCAGAGUUUGGUAUUCGCUUUGAUGACAGCUGGAAGGUUGGAGCCGCAACGGCCGGAGUUGUUGCUGAUGGCUAUGUUCGCAUGGAGGUUGGAGCUGGUAAGAGCACCGAAGCUUCAUGUCCAUGGACAUAUGGCUUCUACGUGGGCGCAAAGUUAUAUGCGCAGGUCAGUACUCCGGCAGCAUUCGGUUGGGGCACCAAGACGUGGGAUCUCCCAGGAUCUGGUGAGGUCGGUCUUCCUGAGGGUGGCCAAUGUCCCGACCUUCAAUCAGGCGCGCCUACUAAGCGUGGUUUCACGUCGAUCGACGGUACUCAUCCUCUUUACCACCCUUAUGAGCACUCGGGAAUUGCGGACAAUGCCACAGCGGUACAUCGAUUUGGCAAACGCGUCACACCCUGGGGUCCCCCAUUCCACAUUCCCCUACAGGACCUGCUGUGCCCCAGCCCUGGAGGAAGCCCCGAUAACCAAGGUUCUGCGUGUUCAGAGCUUUCACAUGUGGUGGACGGUAGUAGCUCUCUGGAAAAGCGUGCGUCUGGCGAUUUGACCCUCAAUCAUGUCUUUGCACGAAGUUUAGAUCGCAAAACCCAGGAGUUCUGCGCCGAUAAACUCGGUGGCAAGAUGGUCAUCGUUAGCGCUGACUUCCACACCUCUGGUACCAUAUUGACCGUACUCCCAAAUAUACCGACGUAUGGCUACAACAACUACAACGACUGUCUUGACAUGGGUUUCGGUCAGAUUGCAACGCCCACUGCCGGUAACACAGGACGCUUCGCCACAGAGCAUAUCUUGGAAUUCCAAAUGGUCAAAAACUUCUUCGAAAAGUUCGCCAAGCCGACAAAGUCUAGUGCUUUGACCAAGGUCAACUGUUACAACCCACAAGCAAGUACCAACUUUUGCAAGUGCGUUCAAAGCUUCUGGUACGACAUCAGAGUUGCAGAAAGAAUCACUAUCAACGGUGUGACCAAGUCCGCCAUCGAUUGGGUUGGCGCUGUCUUCCCCAGCCAUACCAACCAAUGGAGCAACGAGCUCGUUCUUCUCGACGGUGAAGUCAACAACCUCAAAGAAGGUCUUUGGGGCGUCAGUGACGCACGCAAUUCCGAUACGCUCGAUACCUAUACGGGCGACGGUACAAAGCUCUUCAAAUACGUCAAAGACACCAUCGCUGCCAUCCGCUACCACAUUGAUCCUUUCAUCAGCCAAACGCUGGUUGCCCAGAAAGACCGGGUCGGUCAAAUGUUCAACGACCUCGAAACGAUUUACCUGCCGCAAAUCACAAAGACCAUCAACGGUCGGCAGGUCACUUGGCGAAGUCUGGAUCUGCAGACAAAGUGGAAUACGUAUAUGCGUACUCAGAAUGCGGCGGCUAUUACAAACAGCUUCAGAUUGGUAGAUUUAUACUUGGACAAGUUGGUGGAUGGAUAUACCUCGGUUGCGCAGAGAGAGGCAGCGGAGAGGGGGACACCUGAUGCACUCAUUCUCAAGGGGCUUAUUGAGAAGAUUGAUGCCCUGCAGGCUGACUGGACAAACAACAGGCCAGUUUGGACCAAUCCCAUGUAG